UUGAUAAUUUUUCAGCAUGGCGGCCCAAAACAAACGUAUUGUAUAUGUUGGAGGAUUAGCAGAGGAGGUAGAUGAGAAGACAUUACAUGCAGCUUUUAUUCCAUUUGGUGACAUUUUAGACAUAAACAUUCCCCUUGACUAUGAGACAGAGAAACACAGAGGGUUUGCCUUUGUUGAGUUUGAAUUAGCUGAGGAUGCUGCUGCAGCCAUAGAUAACAUGAAUGAUUCAGAAAUGUUUGGUCGCACAUUAAGAGUAAACAUGGCCAAACCAAUGAGGAUCAAGGAAGGCAGCUCCAGAGCAGUGUGGUCUGAGGAUACUUGGCUCCAAGAGUAUGCUGGGAAAACAACAGAUAAAAAAUCCAGUGAGGCUCCGCAGGGGGAAACAGACAAAUCUGAGGAGUCUGAUGCCCCACCCGCCAAAAAACAGAGGACAGGUAAUCCACAGGUGUACCUGGAUAUCAAGGUGGGCAAUAGUACAGGGAGGAUAGUUAUAGAACUCAGGGCUGAUGUUGUACCAAAAACUGCAGAAAAUUUCCGGUGCUUGUGUACCCAUGAGAAGGGCUAUGGUUACAAAGGAAGCACAUUUCACAGAGUGAUACCACAAUUUAUGUGUCAGGGAGGUGACUUUACCAACCACAAUGGGACGGGAGGGAAAUCUAUUUAUGGACGUAAAUUUGAGGAUGAAAACUUCACAUUAAAACACACAGGACCAGGUAUCUUAUCCAUGGCCAAUUCAGGUUCUAACACAAAUGGUUCACAGUUUUUUAUCUGCACAGAAAAAACAGACUGGUUGGACAAUAAACAUGUUGUUUUUGGGAAAGUGAUAGAUGGAAUGGACAUGGUCAGGAAAAUGGAGGCAUGUGGAACAAAAUCAGGAAAACCUACACAGAAAAUCACCAUCACAAAUUGUGGAGAACUUGUAUAGCAAAUAAAAAAUAUAAGAAAACCAUGGGUACGUGUGAAGUUCAUCAAAAGAUAAAAUCACCAUCACAAAUUGUG